GCUUUUGUUCUCCUUCCCCAAGUAUCCAUCAAUAUGGCAGUGCAAGCACGUGUGAUGUAGAUCAUUUUGGCAAAAUAACUUACUAAAACGAUAAGCGCAUUUUAUCAUCAUUUACAAUACUGCGAUUGCUGUUUUAUACAGGUGAAUUACGCCACAAUGGGUUCAUCGUAUGAAGACGAUAAUCCAGGAGAACCUGUUGAAUUGCCCGAGGAAGAAGAAGUCAUCCACUUUCAUUUAGUCUACACGGAUGAUCUCCAUCAGGCUAACACCCUCGCAUCCCUUAACAAGAUGAGAAAAAAUCGUCACUUUUGUGAUGUUAUUCUUCAUAUUGGCAAUUGGGAAAUUCACGCCCAUCGUGCAGUCUUGGCCAGCGUUUCUCCUUACCUUUUUGAACUUUUCACAACUGAUCAAGAUAAGAAACGCAACGAGAAUAUCGUCACUUACAAGCUUAACGGCGGAUUUGACAAGAGAGCAUUUGAGUUACUGGUUGACUAUGCAUACACUUCGAAACUUAAAGUUUUAUCAGAUCAGGUCAAGGCUGUUUAUCUGGCCGCAUGUCACUUGAAAAUGGACCGAGUCGCACGCAAAUGUGCCCAGCAUUUAAUUAAGCAUUUAUCAGUCGACAACUGCAUUGAAAUUCGUUCCCUACCUGGUAUUGCUAGAAAUAAAGAUUUCGUUCAGGAAGUUGAUGCUUUUAUUGCUGCUGAAUUUGAAAAAAUCAGUAAAUCAUCUAACCUCCUGAAUCUAUUAUGCGCGAAAAUUGAAGUACUAAAUCAAUCACGGGAAGAAAUGUCCUUGGUCAACCAUAAAUCUCUUUGCGUGUUAGUACUUGAAUGGAUCAAACGUCAACUGACCGAAGAAUCUCUCCGCAUGGAAUCAUUAUCAGAAAAAACCUUUAUGUUGUACCUUGCUAUCGAUAAUUCUCUACAAGAUUGUUCCGGUCUACCUUCUGGCGAUAUUAGCGACACAGAGAUUGUACAGGACUACAAAAAGAUGUCAUCGAAAGCCGUUCAACCAAAUUCUAAAAACAAAAGGAAAUUCUUAAGUCAACCGGUGAAACCUCGAGUGCUUUUUUACUCGAGGGAUAUUGACGAAGAAAUCGAGCUUGAAUGUGAACCAGAUUGGAACCUGAUAGCCACAUCUCAAGUCGCAGAACAUUGCACUUUAGCGCUAGUGACUCUAGGAGGAAAACUCACUACACUAUCAGUACAAUUAAGACUUAAUCCACCUAGCACACCUUCUCCUGUUUCAACUCCUGAUUCAAGCAGAUGCGCUAGCGAGGAGAAACCUGAUCUUUAUUGUACAAUCAAAAAUAUGUCCUCUGCGCGUUGCGCUGUAGGAUGUGGCAAUUUACAGAAUACUCUUUUAGUUUGUGGUGGGUAUGAUCGGGUUGAAUGCCUACGAAGUGUUGAACAAUACAUACCGGAAUCAAAUACGUGGAAAUCUGCACCUUCAAUGCGUGAAGCACGAGGAAGACACCAAAUUGCAAUAAUUGAGGACAAGGUAUUUGCUGUUGGUGGCAGUAACGGCACCACUGAGUUAGAUACUGUUGAAAUGCUGGAUGUUACUGUUGGACGGUGGGUCAACCUGCCCAAAUUGCCGUUGGCACGAAGCAAUCUCGGAGUUUGUGAGCUUGGAGGUGUGAUUUAUUGUGUGGGAGGUUGGAAUGGGCAGGUUGGUAUUAAGCAAUGCGAUAUUUUCAAUCCGACUACCUCGACUUGGUCCACCGUUGCUUCCCUGAAUACAGGUCGAUACCAAGCAGGUGUUGCAGCUUUUAAAAAUUUGGUUUACGCCAUUGGAGGUUGCGACGCUUGGAAUUGCUUAAAUACAGUUGAAGUUUUCAAUCCGGUUGAAAACGCAUGGACCGUGGCCAAACCCAUCAUUUCGGCUAGACGAGGUUGUGGGGUGGCAAUGUUUAAUAAUAAACUGUACGUGGUUGGAGGUUCUGAUGGUACACAUUCAUUGAAUACAACAGAAGUGUUGGACGAAGAAAGCGGGAAUUGGGUCGUUGGUCCAAGCAUGACUACUCCUCGGGCCAAUGUUGAAGUUGCCGUAGUUGGAGACAGACUCUACGCUGUUGGCGGAUUUUCCGGCAAAACCUUCUUAAAUACAAUCGAGUAUCUAGACCAAAACUCAAACGAAUGGACCACAUUUAUACCCAAAGGAUCCAUCGAUGCCGGUUAUCGAAGAAAGCCGCGCUACCGAAGAAAUUCUGCACGUAAAAGCAUAUCAGAAGACUCCAACAAAACAAUCAGAAGUGAAACCCAAUCACCUAUCAGCAAUCAUACUCAAAACGGGACCAGCAGUUAAAUUUAUUUUCUAUUCUACUAAUAAGUUUUAAAACCAAAUUUCAGUUGGUUUUUAUAAACAUGUUUCAUUUCAAAUUUUACAUUGUUCCAAGCCUCCAAAUAUAAAAAGUAUUUUGCAUACCGUUUUUAUACUCAAUAUGUCAUGAAAUUAGCAGACGAUAUCUAUUUGUAAGUGUAACUAAACUCUGAAAGUAUUAGUAGGAUAGAAUAUAGCAUUUAUAGAAAAUCGGGAGUAUUCCAGUAAAUGCAUUAAACAAUAUUAUAUAUAAUAUAUGUCGUUGCAUUUCUUAAUUUUAUCAAAGGAAAUUGAGAGUAUAUCGAUGUAAAAAAAAGGACAGCUUGCUGUUAAAAUACAUAUUAAAAUAUCUGUAUAUUUGAUUCCAGAAAUCUGGCCUGUGAUUGGAUCAGACUGAUCUUUGCUCAUUGAAUGGACAUUGCUAGAGUUUAAUUUAACAAUGUUUUUAUUGUUUCCUAAUUUUAAUGCCGUCGGUACGUUACUUGUAAAAUUUAUCUUUAUUUCAAUAAAAAAAAGACAAUUCGUGUAUUAUUAAA